AUGGCACCUGCUGCACGUGGUGGAAAACCUGUUGUGUCAAUGAUGCGAGAGGAUCAUGAUAUAUCUUCUCGGCUAGAAGGGAUGGAAACUCCUACAUCUCAACUCAGUCCAGGCUGCUGCCAAACAGAGGAUGGUCUUUCACUUGAUAGUGAUGCUGCUGUGGACCCUGUACUUCGUCGAGAGUUUCUUGAAGAGUUACAGAAAGAUGGGAAGAUGCCUUUUGAUUUUGCUGUGAGAAGAGCUCACAUGUCAACAGCUAACCGAUUGUUUUCAAUAAUGCAGUCAGUUGAAGAUCUUGCAUUAGAGAAUGUGUGUAAGCUGCUGCAGUGGGCAUGUUGGAAUGAAGUGGAUGUUGCAACAAAGAUUGCAGAGAAGUUUUGUCAAUCAGUGGAGAAGGAGUCUGGUCGCACUUUACUUCACUUUGCUGCUGAACUUGACCAUCAUGAGGCAGUCGCGUGUCUGUUGGAGAAGAAGGCUGAUGCAGAUGCUAAAGAUAAGUAUGGGGAGAAACCUUUUGAUUUUGCUGUGAGAAGAGCUCACAUGUCAACAGCUAACCGAUUGUUUUCAAUAAUGCAGUCAGUUGAAGAUCUUGCAUUAGAGAAUGUGUGUAAGCUGCUGCAGUGGGCAUGUUGGAAUGAAGUGGAUGUUGCAACAAAGAUUGCAGAGAAGUUUUGUCAAUCAGUGGAGAAGGAGUCUGGUCGCACUUUACUUCACUUUGCUGCUGAACUUGACCAUCAUGAGGCAGUCGCGUGUCUGUUGGAGAAGAAGGCUGAUGCAGAUGCUAAAGAUAAGUAUGGGGAGAAACCUUUUGAUUUUGCUGUGAGAAGAGCUCACAUGUCAACAGCUAACCGAUUGUUUUCAAUAAUGCAGUCAGUUGAAGAUCUUGCAUUAGAGAAUGUGUGUAAGCUGCUGCAGUGGGCAUGUUGGAAUGAAGUGGAUGUUGCAACAAAGAUUGCAGAGAAGUUUUGUCAAUCAGUGGAGAAGGAGUCUGGUCGCACUUUACUUCACUUUGCUGCUGAACUUGACCAUCAUGAGGCAGUCGCGUGUCUGUUGGAGAAGAAGGCUGAUGCAGAUGCUAAAGAUAAGUAUGGGGAGAAACCUUUUGAUUUUGCUGUGAGAAGAGGUCACAUGUCAACAGCUAACCGAUUGUUAUCAAUAAUGCAGUCAGUUGAAGACGUUGCAUUAAAGAAUGUGUGUAAGCUGCUGCAGUGGGCAUGUAGGAAUGAAGUGGAUGUUGUAACAAAGAUUGCAGAGAAGUUUUGUCAAUCAGUGGAGAUGGAGUCUGGUCGCACUUUACUUCACUUUGCUGCUGAACUUGACCAUCACGAGGCAAUCGCGUGUCUGUUGGAGAAGAAGGCUGAUGCAGAUGCUAAAGAUAAGGUAAACAAUAUUAUGAAGUUUAUGGUAGGAAUAUUAUAUCUUAAAACAGAAGAAGCAGUGGAAUGA